AUGCCUGCCAUCCCAUCCAAAAUGGAGACCCAAACCACAAUCAUGGUUGCGAACCUACUCAAGCGGAGCAGCAUGAGCGACCCGGAUAAAUACCCUCUUUACGUCUUCCUCAUCAUCAUCGGAUGCAUAGCAGGUGGACUCAUUGGGUUCAGCAUAUACACUAUGUACCAUGGUACCGACGACUCAUCGAAUUUCAAAGACACCUCCGUGGAGCAACGAAGAUAUAUGCGCGAGCUCAGGCAGCAGAACUUUAAUGCGUUGGCCGUUUAUGCCAGAAGGCCUGAUUUGAUUACUCCUACUGGGGAAGGGAGGGCUUGA